AUGACAUCUGUGGCGAAAAGAUUAUUAUUAAGUGGCAAAGAUCUUUUGCCUACCGUUCGUGAUGCACAAUCGCCCAAGAAUUUAUAUAAAUUGUUAAAUGUUUAUCCAAACUAUGGUGUUGGUCUUAAAGUGGAUAUGACUCACGGAAAAGCAUUCGGUAUUAAGGUUUGGGAUGGUACUGUAAGGCGAAUGGCUUUAAGAGAAUUUAAAAAAAAUUUUACGUCUAUCUUAUUACUAACUACCGCGUAUAUAUUAGGAAAAGUAUUAAACGAAGGUAAUCCGAGGAGGACACAAGUGGAUGUGGAUGUUAUGGCCGAUUAG